CAGCAGAGCCGCUGCUAGGAGUCAGGGAUGACUUCUUCUCAGCCCAGGAUGUGGCUUCUUGGUGACGUCACUCACAGAUGUUUCUCGGGGCCACGCCCCCACGUGGGACUGGAGCGCACCCUCACAUUCUAGUGCAAUAUACUAGCGGCAGGCAGGAGGGAGGGAACACCAGGCACCUCUACUGCUGCUGCUGCCACACUCAUCACACCAUGUAGGGCACAAUACAAUAAACACUUUAUUACUCUUAUUAUUUCCCUGUCUCUCCCAUAAGAGGAUCUGUCAGCAGCUGUCAAUGUCAGGAGCCCUCUUCUCUGCCCUGGACGCAGAUGGAAUUUAUUUUUCUAUGCAAAUUGGGCGUGAUCGUCUCUAUGGGGCCAGCGAAGCCGGGUGUCAGUUAGUAGAAACUGUGUAACACCGGGGGGCACAUCUAUGCUCCGUCCAUUGGAUGCAGAAGGGAAUACUGCCCACGCCAGCAUCACUGUGCCGCCACUGAGCGCCCGGGAGGAGGAGGAGAUGAAGAUGUCCGCAGCCGCCUAUGUGGACCACUUUGCGGCAGAGUGCCUUGUGUCCAUGUCCAGCCGUGCCAUCGUCCACAGCGCGGUGCCCCGGAGUGACGCCCCGGCCGUGGCUGCAGCCCCCGCUCCGCUGCUGCUGGCCGAGGACAAGGUUGUGAGCCGGGAGAACGCGUCCCUCUUCGUGGUGGCCCGGAUCCUGGCUGACCUCAACCAGCAGGUCCCCGGCACGGCCGCUGCGGCGGAGAGGCAGGGGAGCCCGGCGCCAGCUGGGGACCAGCCCGGGGACAGUGUGGCUGCCGCAGCCGGCAAGCGUGGGGACAGAGCGGCCACACCUCCCCGCCUCCAGCCGGAGCCCAGCCUCAGACAAAGAGCCAGGCGUGGGAAAAGCAGAGCUGACCCCGAGUCACCCCUGAAGAAGCACAAGUGCCCGUACUCCGGCUGCGAGAAGGUGUACGGCAAGUCCUCGCACCUGAAGGCGCACCUCAGGACGCACACAGGUGAAAGACCUUUUGAAUGCAGCUGGGAAGAGUGCAACAAGAAAUUUGCCAGAUCAGAUGAACUUGCCAGACACUACCGCACUCAUACCGGAGAGAAGAAGUUCUGUUGCCCUAUCUGUGAGAAGCGCUUUAUGCGUAGUGAUCACCUAACCAAGCAUGCGCGUCGUCAUGCCAACUUCCAACCCAGCAUGCUUAAAGGGCGAGGGGGAGUCAGCUCUAGAAACGGAUCUGUCAGUGACUGUAGCCGCUCUGAUGCAUCUAGUCCAGCUAUUAGCCCUGCAAGCUCCCCUUAAUCUACUUGCACUGGACAUUAGCACUUUGCCUCGGCUAAUGUGGAAAACUUUGGGAAAUGAACCUUUUCUUACCUGCAUUUAACUUUUUUUGUAAUUUUUUUUUCUGUUUUUUAUUUUUAAGUGGUUUGAAGAUUGCUUAUUUUAAACUAAUAGAACAAAUACCGGUUACCGAUAUAAGGAUAAAGUUCCAUAGCUCCUUUGUACUUCUAUUUCCAAACAUUCUCAGCUGCCUUUCUCUUGGAUUUCCAAAAUUCUAUUAAUCUAUUUUGGAUCUCCAGAAUUAUACAGGUUAUUCUGUCCUGGAUCUUCAGAUCUCAGUACUUCUUCCUCAGUUUUCUACCUCCAGAUUUCCACAAAUCUCCUGUUUUAUAUACAUAAAUAUAUCCAUAUUGCUAUAAAUUCAUAAGCCCUUACCUUGAGUGUCUCCAGAACAAUUAAUCUUUCUGUGUAGGAUCUGAACUCUAUAAAAUGUAUCUUUUUGUAUCGUUAAGAUGUCCAAAGCCCACUUCUUGGAACCCAGUCCCACAACUGAUAUACAGUUAACCUUGUUUGUCUCAAAUUCAUCAAAAACUAAAUAUAUACUUCCAGAAAGACAAAAAUGGUAUGUAAAACUAUAUUCUUCACCUCAGGACUCAAAAAAGACAACAAAAAAAACUACAAAAAAAAAAAACCUUGCACAACAAAAGCAUUUGUCCACAGCUUACAGCUCACUUCAAUAAUGGUGGAUCUCACCUCUUCAAUAUUCCCCUAUCUCAGGGAUUGUGCAUUUGUUAUACGAGUACAAUGACGUCACACCUUUACUGCAGCCUUAUACUGUGUGAGACUCUUACUUUUUUUUUUUUUGCACUCGUUUUGUUUAGUAUGUGCACAACUGGGAAGAGCCAGUCCUGGCAUGCAGAGUACAAUUAGUGUUGUGGUAAUCCUGGUUUUGUUGCAAAUAACCUUAUGAUUUAUAUUUAUAUAUUCUUACCCCUGUCAAUAUGUACACACAUAUAUAUGUCUUGUGUGGAUGAUUUUGUUCACUUUUGUGGCUUUUUUUUUAAAUAUCAGUAUAAUUUAUACAGAAUUUGAUACUCUCAUUAUGCUGAAGGGCUAUACUCAGGGGCGUAACACUAAAUCGCCUGGCCCAAUAACAGAACUGUGUGUGUAGGGAGGGAAGCGCAAUGGUGGUCUCUCGGCUCCAAGGGCCCUGCCCUGCUACUCUCAGCAUCCACAGGACUUGGUGCAUGCUCACUGAAGCCUAGCUUGAGGUCAGAGGAACUGAAAGCCCAAUGCAUACCUCCCAAUUGCCCCACUUUUCUUAGGGUAGUCCCGAUUUGUGGGGCAUGUUAGGGCCAGAAUUUCAAUAAAUUUUUUUAUAGGGGUUUGGGGCAGAGUUUUGACAUACUGGGGCCUAUUUCCUCCCAAUUUGGCACGUGGAAAGUCUUCCAAAUGGGGCUUCACUGAGCACAUUCCAGCACCUGUGGAUGAUCAGAAGAGCAGAUCUGGAGCAUCUGGGAUGAGCUAGAAUCGCAAGGCCCCAUAGUAGUUCUGCUACUGAUGUGCCCAACCCUCUACAAUGAGCAUUGUGUUAAUUUCAGUUUAAUAUGGAUCCAGUGCACUUUCUUUCUUAUCAGGUCAUAAAAAGAGAGCACCUCUUACCGAUUCACUAGUGAUAAGUGCCUGAGAAAGUAGCACUACCUGCAGUGAAGCCACAAGGGUUGCCAACUGUCAAGGGGUCUAUGUACUAAGCCUCGGAGAGAGAUAAAGUACCAACCAGCUCCUGUCAUCAAACACUGCCUGUAACAUGGUAGCUAGGAGCUGAUUGGCUGGUACUUUAUCUCUUUCCAAGGCUUAGUACAUUGACCCCCAAGUGACAUUUAAAAAAACAUAAAAGGUCUCUGCACCCUAUUGACACUACUAAAUAUGCCUAACAUGCACCAGAUCAGUGGUUUUAUGUCUGAUAUCAAUAUAAACCUCUUGCUUCUAAGCCACAACUUACUUUAUUCUCUGAAUGCUGUUUUUAUACUUAAGUUUUUUAAUUACAAACCUAAGGUGUCAGUAAAAUUAUUAGCAUUCAGUAAACUUGUAUAUAUAUAUGUAUGUGUAUAUAUAUAUAUAUAUAUAUAUUUUUUUUUUUUUUUCCUGGCAACAAAUGGUACUUUCCAUCACAGCUUACCUUAAAGUUUUAAGGGGCUUAUUUGAUAAAUGUCCUGUAACCAAUCAGAAUACUGUUGUCAUGUUUUCAUGUAUUUUAUAAAAUAAAUUCUUGUCUGAUUACUAUUGGUUAGGGCACAUUUGUGUACAUAGCAUCACUUUAUUAAAUAAGCCUCUUAAUGUUUGACAGGAUUCAGGUGACUAACUUAUUCAAUGAAAUAGUGUCAACAGUUUAUUGUGAUGUGUCUGGGAAUGUGGUACUUCUUCAUUAUAUGGUGUAUGUAGCCACUGAUAUCGCCGUAAUAACUGUCCAGAGGAAGCAUUCUGGCACACAAUGCACAUCAGUCUUUUCACAUAACUUCACAGAUAAUGAAGAUGAACAGAAGUUGGACUACAUCAGUAUCAAAUGUUUUUUAUGCAUAAAACUAUUAGCUUCACUACUAAUAGGUAUUGCACUUUGGGCUUUUGAGUGUGUUUGUUUAUUUCUAUAUAUAAUUAUGUAUGUGUAUAUAUAAAUCUAUACAUAAAAGAAACUGUAAACUGUAAUACGGUUUUGUAGCAGGAUCUAUAAAGCCACAGUUUUAAUUCUCUGGUUUUCGCUUAACUAUAACAUUGUACCAAGUUUUAAAUCAGUAUAAAAACAAACUCUAUAGUUGGUGUGAAGUGCUUAGAGCCUUAACGUUUUCCUCUUUCUGUUUUGGAAAUAUAUGUGUGAACUACAGUAUGUGUACUAGUGCAGGGGAAGCUUAUCAAAUACAGCAUUGUGGUGCAUGAUACAUGUAAGUGUCCCUUAAAGUCCUGGUACUGUACAUGUGUAGUACUACUGAAGGACCACUAAACCUAUAAACAGAAGUUUCUCAAAUAUGAAACAGAUCUUAUUACAUUUGCAGAUAUUAAGGACGUUAAAUGCCACGUUCUGAGGAACAAAAACCAUAAAAGAAAAAAAAAGAUUUACAUCCAUAUUACAGGGAUAUAUUACGCCAUUUGUUUCUUUGUCCUCUACUUUUGAUAAUAUGUUUAUAUAGAGUAGGUAUGUACAGUAUCUACCUAUUUAAUUUAGGAGUGUGCGACUACCCAUGCACUAUACUGUGAGCAACAUUUGUGAAUGGAAAAUCUGGACAAAUUAGGCUGCUAGGUUAUACCAUAUCUAAUGUGGGGCUUACAUCUACAGCCCUGAAUUUCCUAUCUGCCGAUCCAAUCUGAUCAGCGGCAUUGAAGAUUGCUAAUCUGUCUGGAAAUCUGGGAAAUUUAGUAUGUUAAAAUUCCCAGAGUCGCUGAUCUCGACCAUUUUCUGGUCGGCAUUGUCAAGUCGGGGAAAUAUAAUAUGUUGGAUUUCUCCGAUCGCGUGCAAGCCGUCAGCAGAAUGGGGAAUUUCGGUAAUCAUUUGCAGAUGUAUGGGCCCCAUAAGAUUCAGAAGACCACAUGACUUCUGACCUCCAAGAUCAGAUUUUUUUUUACAUUUAAACUACGACUACUGUUUACUAGCUAGCAGACUGGAAACCAAAAUAAAAUUCUUCCUGAAUUUCUUUACAGUUUUUAUCUCAAAACAUAGGCACAGGAAGUAUGUCAAGCAAAGACACCAUUCAAUCCCUAUGAAGCUAAAGAUAUAUUUGACACGUUCUUGAAAUGUUUAUAUUUUGCAAAUGUUAACAGUAGCUGUUUCAUAUAAAGUCACUUGUAUAUAACGUUUAGUUUUCCUUUAAAGGUCAUUGCUUAUUUGACACCUUCAACUGUAUUCGUAAUUCAACUAUUCCUAAAACCUCCAUUGGCAAUUCAAUUUACAGCUCCAAAAGCUCAACGAUUUUACAAGCAAAAAAAAUAAAUAUACUACAUUUAUACAUCUAUAUUUGGAAGCACAUUUAUUUGUAGUCUUAAAUAGAAAUAAAUAUGUAAUAUAAAUGAACACUUCAUUUUUGUAUAUACAGAUAGCACACCAUUGUUUUGCACACCCACUAUGAUCAUAUGCCUUUAACCAGGCACAUUGGUCAAAUCAGGUGGAUGUAGUCAGGUAAUACUCCUUGAGAGAAGAUAGGACUAAUAUGGUAAGCUCCAGCACUUUUUGUAAUUUACACAUUUUAAUCUUACCACCAAGGGGUCUAUUCAUGAAGCAGUGAAAAGAAUGGAGUAGUGAGCCUGCGGAGAAGUUGCCCAUGGCAACCAAUCAGCUGCUCUGUACUAUUGUAUAGCAUGCAAAUUAUAAAUGUUACUUCAAUGCUGAUUAGUUGCCAUGGGCAACUUCUCCACUGGCUCACUUCUCCACACUUUUCACUGCUUUAUGAAUAGACCCCAUAAUGCAGUAACACCUCUGUAGGCCUGCAGUUUGCUUCCAAAUGAAGUAAAACACUUCUCACCUGUGCUUUACGACUGUACAUAUGAUAAGUUAUGUGGACAAUUGAUUACUUAUGUGCUGGUCUGUAUGUUAGUGCUGGUCUUUUGUUGACUAUAUUUUUUAAUGUUAACGACACAAAAAAAAAAUCUCAACUGGAGGAUGCUUAUAGCAGAAAUAUAUUCAGCCAUGUCAAAUAAUAGAGAGUCUAAUAUAUAUAUAUUCAAAACUAUACGUCUGAUUUCAUUACCAUUCACUCAGUGGUGCAAGUAAGACAGAAUGGAUUUCUGUAAGUAUUUAUUUGCAAUUGGGCAAUAUAUACCUAGUAGAGUUUAUAUUUUACAGAUCUCUGGAAUAAUUAUUAGUAAAUUAUUAGCACAAAAAGUAAAGGUGUGAGGUUCAUAAAGGUCCAAACAUUCAUUUCCUAUAACUUUCCUCACUGUAACCCACACAUUCAAGCAUUUGAAUUUAACUCCUUAAAUUCAAGUAUCGAAGUCCAGGGUCUGUGCUCUGUAGUCCACAGAAAUGAAGAGGCAACGAUUACAGUAAGGGACAUACCUGCAAUGAGAGUUAAGUAGUAGCUAGUGUAUUAUUUUACUUAGGUUAGUAAUAAUUAUUGUAUUAUUUUAUUAGAAUUAGCCUAAUCUUGUUUGAAAGAGAGUACAUUGUUUUGAGUUGCUACUUGCUGCAUAUUAAAAUAUAGGAUGCUAAGAUGAAGCAUGAGACUGUUGUAAGAACAUUUUAAAUUGCCAAGGCUCAGUGGAGACAGCAGCCACAGCUUCCAGUUUCUCAUUGUACAGUAAAGUGGCCUAACAAGAUUAGUCUUGCACUGAAAUGUGGUGCAGUGGACAGAUCUUGGCAAGGUUUGGGGGCCUCAUUUUCCCAAUUUUCAAGUUGUCAAUAUUGCAGGGUAUGCAUUAAGUUGGCUAGACUAUAAGACUGCAGCUAAUUAUUUCUUGAAGUGACAGUUACAUUCUUGAGGUACUGUAUAACUUUGUGCCUGUGUGUUUUCACUUGUUUGUAAUGUAUUGAUCACUGCAUUUUUAUGAACAAUGGUUUAUCUCCCAAAAUGAUUGCUUCCACAGUGUACAGCUUUUUCUGCUAUGGCUGCUGAUGUGCAUUUUUCAGCAUAUGUCAAGAAAUAUAUAUAUUUGAGAAUGUUGCAAAAUACAUUUUCACAAAGGUGUGUUUACAUGGGUGUUAUAUGUUUGUUGCAUGGUCUGUGUUCACAUUUGAGCUUCACCAGGCUGUCACUGAUGUUGUUCAGUGUGUAUAUAUAAUAACAGGAAAUUAUAUAGGAGCGGUGUCACAUUACCCGCAUACUAUCUGCUGUUAUGUUCACUAUACUCCCCUAUUUGGAAGAGUCACACUGGUGAUUUUUCCACAGCAAUUCUGUCAGUAAAAUUCAAAACUAAAAUUGUAAAUACUUUCCCACUGAGAUCCACGAAAAGUUUUUGAAGGAUGCCAAACUAGUCAUGUGUCUAAUGCUUCGAUGUUGCUGACAGCGGUUUGGCCAGAGCCGGCGCUACCACUAGACAAACCUAGGCGGUUCCCUAGGUCACAAAUGAUUUAAACUCUGUGACCUAAUGUAAUGCGAAUGCCUCCUUGGCACCUCCACAUGAAUCCCCUGUCCAUGGACAUGUAUUAGAAGCAGCAAGCAGCCCUGUAUAUAUGAAGCUGUCAGCUGUCCAUGUCUGUGAUAGGCUGGGAGUGUGGCCAUUGGUUAUCAUGUCAAAACCAAGUGCCACACUCCCAGCCAUUGGCAGAGAGAAUGCCGCAGUUACAUUCAUCCUGCCAAGGUAAAAAGAAGGAGGGGUUGCGCUGCCUCUGCCGAGCAGGGGGGAGGACCUGUCCAAGGAGACCUCAUGGCUUGCACCACCCUGGGCAUGGCUUAUAUAGUACUACUGGCUUGGGACACAUGGAUCUACUGAAAUCAGUAGACUGGAAUAUACCUGCCAGAGCAAUCCAUAUACUGUUCUUAAACAGUAUUUACUCUGUGUAUGGCAAACCUCAGCAUCAUGUAAUGAGAGUUCAGAUUUUCAGCCGUUAUCUAGGUGGCAGAAAUUCUGUGCACAAGAAUCACUAUUGAAAAUUAACUCUCCAAUUUACGACAGCUUAAAAAUCACCGGUGUGACAAAGUAAUAGCCUCAUAUGGAAUGGAGUGUGAGCAACUUCUGAAGCAAUACUUGUAUGUCUCAUUGAGCCCAUGAAGAGAACAAUGUGUACAUUAAAUAACCUGCUACUAUAAGAGAAUACUUUGCACGUUGGGUGCAUCUCUCUAUGUUGUAAAAAGUAUAUAAGGAAAGAACCCAAUUCACAACUUUUGUUUGCUUGAAAGAUACAUUUUCUACAGAGUGGCCACUUAUAUUCUACAGCAAUUUCAGAGAGAGAUAUUUUACAAAGUAACAAUAAGAAACCAAUACUUGGGCAUUGAUAUAUUGGAUUCCAUAGAGUUCUAUUUGGGCAUUCAGGUUCCAUUUGUAUUUAUCUUUUCUCAAACUAGGCAUUUUUGUGCAAUUUCAUUUUUAAGGAUCCUUCUUUAUUAUGCAAAUUGUUUUAUUUUAAAAUAAAUGUGUUCUUUUUUUAUGCUUACAAUGAUUUUAAAUGUACUUUAUUAUGUGUCAGCAGUAUUUCUCCUGCUAAAGGUUUGGAUUUGUUUUGUCUCUUUAUAAAGGGAGCUUAGUAGGUCCGUCUAAAGCAAUGAACCAUGUUAGUCACAAAUAUAUGUAGCUAACUGUAUUACAUUCCAACAGACAGGGAAUAUUGCAUGCAGGGAAAAGCAUAAAUGUAUACUUGUGUAUUAUUAUUAUUAUUAUUAUUAUUAUUAUUAUUGUUUUAGUAAGUUACUUCUUUUUUAAAGCAUCAACAGUUAUUAUGAUUUAGUAAUGCAUUAAAGCAGCAUGUGUAGCAUUUUGUGUGUUUAAUCUGGUUGAUGUUAUUUUCUGGGGGUUGUUUUAUAAUAUUUACAUAUAUAUAUAUAUAUAUAUAUAUAUAUAUAUAUAUAUAUAAAUGCAUUUCUCUUUUCUUAUUAAGGGUGAUUUUAAAAGGCUUGUAUUUUUGAAUUGUAUACGUCUGUAAGUAAAAUGUUGUUUGUAAUAGGCACAGUGAUGUAAAGCACCGACAGGGUAGUUUAAGUGAACUAUAUAGAGGAUCAUUUUUAGCAGAUUUAUAUCCAUUUGUUCCAACAGAUGUGGAGAAGUGAAUACAUAAAUGUAGGGUAUGUACAUAAUUUGACAGUAAGGACAGCUUAUAUAAAGUAGUUUAAACAUGUCUAGACAGCAACUCCUGAUUCCCUUGAAAAUGAUGAACAGCCUAAUGUAUUAUUUUCUAAAACUUGCAACAAAGUGUAAUACUUUUCAAAGUACAUUUACAAUAAAUCCUAAUAAAACUUUCUUUGUCAACAACAAAUGCAAAUGUGGCGUAGCUAAUAUUGUCACUGUAAAUGGAGAUAUAUACUCUUAUGCAGCGCUGCAGGAGUCUUCUCAUGCAAGAGAAAGGAUAUAUUCCCCUAUUAACAAAAUUCUGUAUUGAAUUUGUGCCUCACUGUUGCAAUAAUGCAUCUCGCUGAGCUGCGAGUGACAAAAAUUACAGAUGAAGAUCAUUUUGGGCCAUAGAUAUUAUUCUGGUGUUCUGCUAUAUCGUUCGGCAUCCUUUGUCUCGCAGCAGCCAGAGAAACAGUGUGUAAAUAGGUAUCCAUAAAUGAGUUCUUUAAGUGCAUGGUAACUUGCACAAACACUUUAUACCUUCAAGAGGAAACUUGGAAGGGUCAACAUACAUAAGGCAUGGCUAGGGCAGCUAUGUGUCCCAACCCUUAGUAUAAUCCACUAUUGGUGCAGCCAUAACCUUUGACACUUCUAUAGCCUUUGACACUUCUAUUUGCAAUAUUUAGUUUGAGUGCAAUUUUUUUUUCUUCCUUGCAGAUUCAAUACUGGUGGUAGUGUGGCAUAAAUACGUUUCCUUGAACUUUUACAUUGUGAUUAAUCAAAAUAGAAAUAAACAUGUAUUUGUUAGCCUCUAUCUAGCAGUUUGUAUGGGUUUCAUGCUUAUUUCUCCUAUAUAAAAGUAUAUCAAUUGUUCAAAUUUUGAAUUCUAACAAAUAAAUUCAGAAAUUUUAAAUAAAAUGGAUGAUCAUGUUUAUGUGCACCAAUAACAGAUGUUGGGGUAUAGUGGUUGUAAUUAUAUUGAAUUCAACUUUCCAGUUGUUGUUGUUGUUAUUAUUAUUAGUUACAAUCUCUUGUAAAACAUAGAUUAGAAGUAGCAGAAUUGAGUUGGUUGUUAACGAACUGAUGUGGGAAUGUUAUUGAACACAACCCAUCAGAGUUGUACCGAGGGUGGUGCAGUUGGUCAAUGUAAAAGGCUGAAGGUAUGGCAGCACUUGUGCACAGCUUGUGGGGUGCCCGGAGGGGACCCCAGUUCCAUGGAGAAGAGGCAGACACAUCCGUAGGUCACGCCUGGCACCCAGCCUCUUUCUCCUCCUUUCUUUCUCUCCUUUUGUUUUGUUUUGUUUUGUUUUUUGUUGGGAGGGGGGGUGUCCUGGUACUAUUCCCAAUCGUAGUCCACGUAGAUGGUAAAGUAUGAAAAAGUUGAAAUUUAAAAAAAAAAGAGUAAUAAAACUCACGUCGACCUUUUCAUGGCGACCAUUGCCAUGUCAAGCUUUUGACUAUGUCGACCUAUUGUGGUCAACCUAUUGACUGUCAACCUUAGGUCGACCUAACAACAGGAUACCUUAAUUUAGCAGAAAUUAUUCCAUUGCUAGAAAAUCUACAGAUAACUUUACAAUUUUGGUACUGCGAUUACAGUAUAUUGUGUAGUUUAUAUAGUUACACUUAUUUACAUAAGUCAAUAUAUGUGUACACUCAAACACUUAAAUAGCUUUCUAAAAGAUUGCAUACUUAAUGGGGGUACACACGGAGAGAUCUGUGCUUAAAUUCUAAAGGUCCAUACACACUGGGCGUUUUGCCCAGCGUGUAUGCACAGCGAUGAUCGCUGACAUCGCUGGGCUGAAAAGUGCUCAGUGCAUACAUACUGAGCACUUUUCCCCCCUGCCCAGCGAUAUCAGCGGGGGUGAGCGGCUUUCCAUAGCAGGAUGCUAUGGAAAGCCGCUCACCCCGCUGUUCAUCUACUGGUAAUACCAGUAGAUGAACGGCGGCUGCCAGCGAUGAAGCGGGAGUGCGCAUCAGCGCUCAUCGUUUGAGCAUACACACUGAGCGGCUUUGAGCUGAAAGCAGCUCAACACACCAAAAGUGAUCUGCUUUCAGCUCAAAAUCGCCCAGUGUGUAUGGGCCUUAAGCAAUCUGACUAGAUUGCUUAGAAAUUAAGCAUGGAUCUCUCCGUGUGUAUGCCCAUAGCGAUAGCGAUGCGCAGCCCCGCAAGUCGCUAUUGCUGACUCUAGAUUUGGCAUGCAUGCAUGCCAAAUCUAGUCAGGUCGCUCACUGCUGUGUGAAGUGAGCCCCCCACCAGCCCCCCGUCCUCCCCCCUCGCUCACCAUACAUUGCACUGAGUGCUGAGCAGGGGGGGGGGGGGGAGAUGUGUCCUGAGCGGUCUGUGCUAGGUCGCUCAGCACACAUCUCCCCCGUGUGUACGGGGCUUUAGAACUUCCCGCUGUAGUUUAACCUAAAUAAAAUGAUUCCCAUUUUCCACCUGGGUACCUCUACCUCCUGGCAGCCCACUUUUGUUAUUUGUAACAUGAAUAUUUACAAAGCAAUACAUUUGUAAUGAAUAUAAUUGCUAUUAAAGUAUCUAGGUGCCACUAUAUAUAAAAGCAAAAAAUGUGUUAUAGACAAGAUUAAAAGGAUAGAUACACAAUUCGUUCAAUUAUUGUUUAAUUAUCUGACAUAUUACAAUUUAUGAAAAAUGUUAAAUUGACAAUAUGCUUUUUUUUUGCAUGGAUUCUAUUUGAUGCAUGGGCUAGAGAUCGCUAGGACAAUGCUUUCCCUAUGGGGGAGCUAUACAAAGAGGUAGUAAGUGCCAAAUGUGCUAUAUACAGUGCUAUUUGAUACUUACAUCGACCUUUGGUAUGUAUUAAAGCAGAUAACAGAAAAUCA